AUGGCACAGGGAUCUUUUCUGACAUGGCUGCUCUUAAGCAGAAUGUCAGAACUAUUGUUGAAUCAAACAGGAUACAAGAUCUUCAUGCUCCUCAAAAGUAAGGGACUGAAUUUGAAGAUUUUUCUUGAUGACUUGAAUAAUACUCCGUUGAUAUUAGCAUCACAUCUGGGCUUAGAAAAUAUGAUGACUUAUAUUGUGUUAAAUGAGCCAUCACUGCAUGAGGAAGAUAUUAUUGCGACUGCAACAGAAAUCCUGCAUAAGUUGGCUCACACAAGGGACACAUCCUUUCUGGGGCAUUUAAACACCCUUGUGCAGUGUUGGAAUUCCCGCAACUCUGUCAUACCUUACACGUUCAUUGUUCAAGCUGCAUUCAAGAUAUUAAGGGCACCACCUAAAGACCUCUUGGCUAGUUUUUGUGAGAAUGCUUUGAAGCUGAUGCCGGAUCUGUCUCAAGACAUCUCCCUGAAGCUGGUUCUGUACGAAGAGACAGAGUGCUACUGGAAGAUCCUUCACGAGGGCAUGCAUCUCAACGACUUGUGGCCCAUCAACUGCGAGGAGAACCGCUACUCAAAAUACUACACCACCCACAGCCUGUUCAACAUAUACUUCAACUACAGCUGUUUGUUUACCAUUCACACAAGUGGCCGAAACAAGAUAACAAAGAUCACCAUACAGGCUGCUAAUGGCCCGGCGUCACCAUCAGUGCUGUACGUCAUUCAGAACUUCCCGACAGAUUUAUACGAUGAUGUGUUCAAAUACCUGAUCCUCGCUGGCUUCAAAAUGCCCCCUGCUGACAUCCAGAGAAUGGCCAACGUGGAGAUUGACAAAGCUGCCGAACUCAUCCGAUGGUACAAACAGUUUUACAGCCAGCCCCACAAACUGAAGCAUCUGUGCAGGCUGUGUGUUCGACAGAACCUCCAAUACAAUGUGAUAUACAGCCUCCGACAGCUGCUGCUGCCUCAGGAUCUGUACCAGUACUUGUUGCUGGGCGAUGUCUGUGAUUAUGAAUAUGUGUAA